AAGCCCAGUAGGGUUUUUACUCUGUAGCCAUCGCAGCAGGGGUUCCUCAAGGCUCCAACCCGUUCUCUUGGCCAUUCCUCGUUCGCUCGCUCGCCGCCGCCGCCGUCGCCGCCGCUUCCUCGGGUACGCUCGGCAGCUGCAGCCAUGGUGAAGUACUCGAGGGAGCCAUCCAACCCCACCAAGUCCGCCAAGGCCAUGGGCCGGGACUUGCGUGUGCACUUUAAGAACACACGCGAGACAGCUUUUGCCAUCAGGAAGCUGCAGCUGACCAAGGCUAAAAGAUAUCUUGAGGAUGUGAUUGCCCACAAGCAAGCGAUUCCCUUCCAUAGGUACUGUGGUGGUGUUGGACGUACGGCACAAGCCAAGUCUCGCCACUCAAAUGGUCAGGGACGGUGGCCUGUCAAGUCUGCUAGAUUCAUUUUGGAUCUUCUGAAGAAUGCAGAGAGCAACGCUGAAGUUAAGGGUUUGGAUGUCGAUACGCUCUAUGUCUCGCAUGUUCAGGUGAACCAAGCUCAGAAGCAGCGGCGCCGGACUUACCGCGCUCAUGGGCGCAUCAACCGUGAGUUCUUACAUGUCCUCCCCGUGCCACAUCGAACUGAUCCUGUCUGAGAAGGAAGAGCCAGUCAAGAAAGAGGCUGAGACCCAAAUUGCAACCAGGAAGGCGUAGAAGACAGGGAGCUUUGCAUGGUUUCGCUAAUGUUGGUUAGGGAGUGAACUUAUCCCUGUAUCUCCUUUUUCUGUGCUGUUGGCGCACACUUAAUCGAACCUAUUUUGAAGUUGAAGUAUCUCAAGUGGUUCUUGUUCAUACUGAGCAAAAGUAUCUCCAGUUUUUGCCUGUCAUGGCUGCUUGAACUACGAAGUGCAUACCUUA